ACACUGGUCGGCACUUCCCAACAAAUUGUUUACCACAAAAAACCGUGCUGAUUUUGACAAAAAACCAAGUGCAGCACGCCACCAAGCAUUUGCAGUGAUUCUAAAGACGCCCGCAAAGAGAUUACCAGAGCGGAGUCCACCUGAUUCCCCGCACAUUUCCAAAAGCUCAUCAUUCCAUUUGGGGAACACCUCAAACAGUCGCAAUUCGAUUGCCCGGUCGUCCACAAACGCUUAUAAAAUUGGCAAGAUAACUAAACAGAGCACAAAGAUGCCGCCAGCAUCAGCGGUGAACAACAGCAACGCAGCCGCCCAGGCGGCGAAGGCCGAGAGGGCAGAGAAGCUACGUGGAGCACUGAAGGGCUUCAUAGUGGCGGACCGACAAAGGCGUCAGGAAGAGUUUGAGGCCCAGUGCGAGGAGCAACGCUUGCGGCAAGAGCGUGAGGAGGUGGAGCGCCAGAAUCAGGUAGCCCUAGACGACACAAGAGGGCAGAUCACACGACUGGACGAACAGCUGGCGGACCUGCACAGCCAAAAGCACCAGCUCACCGUCCAGCUGAAAAAGGUGCUCAACGAAGAUGAAACACGGAAGAAGCUGGCCAAGGAGAACGAGUUGUUCGCUAUCCAGCAGGCGGCCAGUGGGCCGGUCUUUUUGCCGCCCCUGCGUCUCCAGCACCAGCACCACCCGCUGAUGCAAAAGCCCCCUCCCAGCGGACAGCCAGGAAAACGCGGCAGGAGUCCUUCGCCGCCAAGUCAGCAGCAGGCUUACUACAAGACCGCCGCCAGCUACGCCCAGCAGAGUAAGCCAGGACGAGAACACGAUGACUACCGUCGUGCCGCGGACUAUGCUAGAUUAUCAUGGAACAAGACCCCGGCACAAUACCCAGGCACGGGCACGGUCUUCUACCAGACGGUCGCUCCCCCGCCGACGACUCAGCACCAAGCGGACGCCCGUCUACAGUCCAUCUACAACUACAACCUUCCCUUGCGCCAGGCCUACCACGUCGAUCUGCCCAGUGCCACAAUCAGCAAGCCACCGGACUCGCAGUCACCCAAGGCAGCACCUCAAACACAGCCAAUGCAGGUGCUCCACAUCAACCUCGAUCAGCCGGCCAUCUCCCAGGCAGACCUGGUGGCCCAAGCCGGUGGCAGCAUUUCGGUCAAGGCCUCCCAGCCGCAAGUAACCAUGGAGAAGCUGCCCGACCGUUACCACAUCGAGGUGAAGCACGACGGCCAGCCGCCGAGCCACGUCCUACCCCCGCCGCACCUGCUGUCGGAGGGCGUCAUCUACAAGCCGCUGCUCAGCGAACUCUCUAUGCAUACCAAUGUGCUGCAGAUAAGCAGCAGCCAGUUUCCUCCACAGAAUCCGAAGGCGGCGGGAAGCAUCACGCAGGGCUAUGCCCCUGGACGAGGUGGAUCGGCCCACGAACAGCAGCUGGCACGGCAACAGUUAACAAUGCUGCCUGGACAGCCAGGAGCUCCGUCUGGGCCAGUUUCAGGGUCCGCUCAACCGGCUCCUGGCCAGCAGAUGCACUACACGCGGCGAUUGUACUAGCCCCUGCCGAGGGUUUAGCCCCGAUGUCGCUACGGAACUCACUCACUGAUAUACUUACGAUUUUAAAUGGACAUUAUACUGACUACGCUUCCCACGUGGAGUUCGGUACACGAAAUAAAGCACACAACUAUGGCGUCCCUAUUUUCCAAUCGAUAAUACACUAUUGAGAUUUGA